AUGAAUGUAUAUUGUUAAAUGGCUGGGUAUCAUCAAGGUGAAGAUGAGCCUUUAGAAUUAUUAUGUAUGAAUCCAGAAUGCAUUUCUAUGAACAAAGUUUUGAAUUGUGUUUCAUGUAUCGAGGAAAAUCAUAUAGGUCAUCAAGUGAUUCACUAUAAAAAGUUCAUUAAUCUACUGCAGAAAUAAGGGAAUAGUUUAUUAAAUGAGAUAGAAUUUAGAUUCUAGGAAUCUACAGUGUAAAAUGACUUAGUGUGCAAGUUAAAAAACUUAAUAAAAUAAUUAACAGAAUUAUCAGACAUAGUAAAUGAUGCCAUUCAUAAAUAGAAGGAUAUGUUAGAAAGGAAAUUGUAGUAUUAUGAAUGUAUGUACUUUUGUUGA